AUGGCAGCCGUGCCUGCUGGACGUGUGGCUUUCUAUGUUGUCCCAGUUUCACCAUUGGAAGGAGAGACACUGGAACUGAAUUGUCAGGACCAAUACUAUUAUUGGUGGCCAAAGAAGGACUUUACCUUUUAUAGAAAUGAAAAGAAGAUCCAUUCGAUAAAGUCUAAAACAGAUGAGUCUUCAUAUCACAUUAAAGUAAACAGCACCAAUGACAGUGGACAGUACAGUUGCAAAAUUGAUGGGUCAGAAUCACAAUAUGUUCACGUUCAAGUUCAAGAACGCUUUGCCAAGCCCGUACUGAGGGUGGAGCCGGCAACAGAAGUAUAUGAGGGGCUCCAGGUCACGUUGAUGUGCAUUGCUCAGACAGGGCGCCCCUCCAUCCGGCUUCACUACACAUUUUACAGAGAUGGCAGCACCCUGGAGACAGCGCCGGAUGAUCGUAUUGUGUACACCAUCAAUGCAGCAGCUGCAAACGUUUCUGGGAAUUACGCCUGCGAAGCGAUCGAGACAAAUUAUGGUCUGAGGAAGAGGAGUGACAAUGUUCACCUUUCCGUUAAACAGGCGUUCGCUGUCCCUAAGCUGACCGUGCAUCCUGAGGGACAGCUAGUUGAUGGCCAAUGGUUUAAGCUGAUGUGCUUGGUUGAAGAGAAUCUCUCCGAAGCUUCCUUGCGGUAUGGCUUCUACAGAAAUGGGAUCCCUCUCCAGUCUCCGUCCCACCACAACGAUUCCAUCUCUGAGUCAGCUCGUCCGGCCAACUCGGGUACUUACCAUUGCGAAGUCAUGGGCGGUAAAGUGCGGAACCGCAGUAAUCAGCUCCAUUUGUCGAUCAGGCGAAUUCCAGUGUCAAAACCAGAACUAAUAAUUCAACCCAGAAAGAAGCUAAUCGAAGGAUUCUUAAUCUGUUCAGUCUCCAAUGGUUCUCUGCCGAUUUAUUACCAAUUCUACAAGGGUUCAAGCAUCAAAAUGUACUGGGAACUUUCCAACAGUACCAAGCUUGUUUACAACAUCGAAGGCAUCAGCAGAAGGGACAAAGGGAUUUACCAUUGCUCGGUGAGAAAUGAGGUGACAGGCCCUCUGCACAGUGAAGAAGUAGAGAUCACAGUGACAGUUCCUGUCACAGAUGCUGUGCUGAUAUCCCGCACCAAUGGGACUGAGAUACAGCCCGGGGACCGCCUUGUUCUCCGGUGCCUGGUGAGGGAAGGCACUGAGCCCCAGUUCAUUUGGUACCGUGACAACGUGCCGCUAAGAAACGGCAGUGCGAGCUCCCAUGUGACUGCCGAUGGUGGUGAGCUGGUUAUUCAUUCAUUCCGGAGAGACAAUGUCGGGAGCUAUCACUGUGCAGCGAUCAACGAAGGAAACAACGGCACCAUUUUUAACGUGACCAGUGACUAUAUCGAAUUCACGCUGCGAGCUCGGAGUUAUUCCACGGAGAUCGCGGCCUCGCUCGUCCCAGUUCUGAUGUUCGCCGGCCUGAUCGCGUCGGCGUGGUUCAUCCACCAGAGGAGGGACACAGGCAAUUCCUCAACUGUGUCACAGCCCAACAGAUCCCAAGCUUCUGGUGAAGGGGCAGCAGCCGACAAUCUGGAGUAUGCAGUAAUCGGAGCAGCACACAAUGCUGAAAACACGGCUGCAGAUCUGGUUUAUUCAGUGGUCACCAUCAAGAAGAGAGCAGAUGCUGGCAGCAAUGUUGGUUUCUCCUCCAAUGGGAAGAAGGAUGCCAAGUCUGACCCCGACGACUACUUUGUCACAUACGCCACAUUGAACCUCAGCGAUCUUUCGGAGGGAGAAGACAGAGCGGAUGGAAACGUUUAUGAGAAUAUUCUGCUCUACUAA